CGCCUCGUGCCAUACUCUCCUUGCUCGCUUCUGGGUGGCCUUUAAUGUCUUGUGUUCUAAGGUGUGCUGAGGGGAAAGACACGGGAGGUCUCUAGCCUGACACUAUGGAGGAAGAGAGAAGCUACAAUUUCGACGGUGUGAGCACCAACCGCCUGAAACAGCAGUUGCUGGAAGAAAUCCGCAAGAAGGAUGCAGUGCAACUCUCAAUAUUUGAACUAAGACACAAGAUUACAGAACUGGAAGCCAAACUCAAUACUGACAAUGAAGGUAAUGAAUGGAAAACCCGUUAUGAGACACAACUUGAAUUAAAUGAUCAACUAGAAAAGCAAAUUGUUUAUCUCAAGGAGAGGAUGGAAAAAAUCCGUGGAAACUCUUCAGAUAGACUAUCUUCUAUUCGUGUCUAUGAACGAAUGCCAGUGGAAUCCUUAAACACAUUACUUAAACAGCUAGAAAAAGAAAAGAGGACUCUUGAAAGUCAAGUGAAAUACUAUGCACUUAAACUGGAACAAGAAUCAAAGGCUUACCAGAAGAUCAACAAUGAAUGCCGUACAUACCUAGCUGAAAUGUCUCAGGGUUCUGGUUUACAUCAAGUUUCUAAAAGGCAACAGAUGGAUCAACUGCCUAGGAUGCAAGAGAAUCUAGUGAAAACUGGAAGAUAUAAUCCAGCUAAGCAGAAGACAGUGAGUGCCAAGAAAGGACCAGUAAAAAAGAUUACAAGAUCAAACCAUCUUCCAGAACUCCAUCUAUGAUUCCAGAACUGGGUGGAUUUCUAUUUCUUCCUUUUUCCAUUUAUAAUAUUCAACUUAUGAAGUUAAUGGUCAGCUCAUUUCUUCAGGGAAUAAAAUAAAUAAGAACUGCCAAAUUUUUCUUUAGCUCCUUUUCCAGAUGUGUAUUCCUUUGUUUGCAUAAAAGUAAUUUUCUCCAGUGACCCUAAAGUAUGAAGUGCUUGAGAGUUUUAAAAUAUCGUAGGGAAUCUGAAGGCUGGCAUCGUUACACUUGCUUUUAAUGAUACACCCAUGAUCUGCUCUGAUAGAAACAUUGCUAUUCUAUUUGGUUUCUAGUUGACUGUCAGUGAAAAGUGUGUAUUCAUAAAACCCUUUUGCCAUUUUGGGCUGGAUCUUGCUCAGUUUUUUAAAUUGCAGGUUUAAACAAAGUCG